AUGUGACAAACAAAGAAUUGCCAAGUACGUGCGGUCUCUCUCUCUCCCCGUUAAACCUCCAACCGAAAGCAAGCCAUAGAAAUCGCCUCCAUUACCUUAACACUCAACACAAUGGAGGAAAACCCAGAAGUCGCCAUCACAGAAGAAAGAGAGGAGCUCAUGGUAUCACCCUCUGGUAAAAACCCAACUCGAAGACUAGCCCAUUUCCUCAAACCCUCGGUCACCUCCAUUAAAGGACCAGUCUUUCACCUUCCUUCAGUCUUUAAGCUUCCUUCAGGUACAUUUCGCUCUCCAACUUCAAGUACUACUCCCAUUACUGAUCUCCCAUUUAAGGUGGAAUUCGAACGGUGUCGAAACCCUCUCAGAAUGUGGAAAUCUUGGUUCGAUCGAAUGCAUUCUAUUCACCAAUCCACUUGGAAAAAGGCCGGAAUAUACGAAGCCAUCGUCAAUUCCACUUACCAAAUCCGGGUAGACAAAGAAAUCGUUCUGGGUCUUGCGGAAAAAUGGUGUUCGGAUACUAACACGUUCGUGUUUGAGUGGGGAGAGGGGACAGUUACUCUGGAGGAUGUUUUGGUGUUGGGAGGUUAUUCUAUUUUGGGGAAAUCUGUUUUAACCCCUCUUGAAAACGGAGAAUUGGUUGAAAUCGACGAGAAAUUGAUGAAGGGACGGAGUGAACUUGUACAAAGUAAAAAUAAAAAGGCCGGACAGCAUGGAUGGUUGAGGCUUUUCAUGGGAAGUGGGAGCAAAAUCGAGCACGAAGCGUUUCUUGCCCUCUGGUUGUCCAGGCAUGUUUUCCCAUGUGGCCACGACGUGAUUAAUAGGAAUGUUCACAGUAUAGCAAUUCAUUUAGCAAGGGGGAUGAGGAUCGCCCUUGCCCCUGCAGUUCUCUCGUGGCUUUAUCGAGACUUGAGGCUAUUGAAAAAUGCAAUAUUUUCUAAAAGGAAGCGAAAAGUGGGGCUCAAUCUAUGGGCUCCAAUGCAAAUGGUAGGGGUUUGGGCUUGGGAGAGAUUUCCCACAUUGAGGCCUCGACCUAAUCCCCUUAAACCCGGUGAGCCAAGAAUGGCUAAGUGGAACAAAGUGAAGAAGAAGAAUAUUGAGAAUGUUGGUCUGGCUCUAAGUUCUUCCAGGGAAUGUUUCCAGUGGCGCCCUUAUGCCAUUUCUGAGAAAAACUGGGUGUUUCCUAAGUUUUACAAAGAAAGAGUAGAGUGGGUAUCGGUUUGUUUGGGGAUGGACAAGGAUUUUGAGUCAUUUGCUCGGUUUUUGAUACCUUGUGAGUUGGUGGGUUUUGGCAGCUUAGAACAUUAUCAUCCUCAUCGCGUUGCAAUGCAAUUUGGGAUGGAUCAAGAUCUUCCUGGUGUGGUGGCUCGUUUUGAUGACACUCCUGAAAUUGCAUGGGAAAAUUACAUCAGGCCAAUUAAAGAUGGAAAGCUGUAUGUUCAGUCCAGAUUGUAUAAGUCGGAUGUAACGACUCGAUAUUUUAAGUGGUGGAAGCAAUCGAAGUUAGCUCAGAAAGGCGCGGUAAAGGGAGCCAAGGGAAGGAAGAGCAUCACCACGAGCCUGAGAAAACUACCUGAAGAGCCAAAGGAAAAGAAUGUGGAAAAUGAUGCCUUGGGUACUCCUAUCAAGAGAAAGUGGGUCAACGCAACAAAAUCCAGUGGAAAGGAUGAAAAGAGCAUCACCAAGAGUCCACGAAAAUCGCUCCAGAUUUCAAAAGGAAAGAAUAUGGAAAAUGAUGCCUUGCGUACUCCUCCCAAGAGAAAGAGGGUUAAUAAAGAAGCGAAACUUGUUGGAAAAGAUAAACACAGACUUGUGGACAGUGCUGGAAAGAGAAUGUCUAGUAAUGGAAAGUGUUUUCCAUGCCCUCAACCUCAACUUCCUUCAUCUCUUACUGCGGAUAAUGUUGCUGGUAAAAAGAUGGAAUAUCAUGUGGAACAUGGGAAAAAUACAAGGGGCGAAGAAAUGAUUGGAGGAUCAUGUAGACCAUGUGCAAACGCAAUGGAGAGUUGUGACGGAAUUCCACGUGAUGGAGUGAGCGUUGCCAACAAUGGAGGGAAUAUCAGUAUCCAAAUUACGACUGACAUAUCAGGACUUGAAGUGAGAACAACCAAGCUUGAGAUAGUGUUUGCUCGGCUGAAAGCUGAAAAAUUAAGCAUAAGGUCUGUUUAAAACCUACCAAAAGAUAAACGUUACAGAAUGCCGGUUUUGCCUACUUUGUCUGCUAUAGUACACCCUUGAUGGAAUAGACACGGCAGUGCUUGCACUGUAACCGUGCUAUGAUAUUGUCAUGAACAGUUUUUCAACUUCUGUUGGUUACUGUAAAUCGAUGCUAUCUGAUCGGGGUUAAUAAAAUCACUGUGUCCCUAUAUGCAUGAGUGUCAGGUUCAGGGUUGAGGAAUGAAUUGCAACAUGCAUAUUGUAAUAGCUGUAUGAUAUUUCCAAAUGACAGUAUAUAGUCUUGCCUGUUG